CUUCCUCACGCGCCCCGGUUUUUAACAUUAUGGCACACAUAGAAAAUUAUUGAGCGUUCUUGUUAUACCGGCAAAUGUUUAGAUAAAGUUCUCGCGAAGUUCCUGUUUCCGCUUAUGGUUCUACGGUAGACAGCGGUGCAAUGUCAGUCGUUAUUCCGACCAUAUUAUGUACACAUACGUACAACAUUCUCCAAGUUAGCCAAACACGGUUUUCGUCGUAUAGCCGCUGCAUAUAAAUGAACUUGAGCGGUAGUAUUUAAUUUUGGAUGCGUGUGAUUUCUUCACAAUGAUUGCUUUAUGUUCGGAGUUAUAAAAAUUUCUCAACGAUCGUUCGAAGCUGCUCACUUGUUAUGCAGAUAGUGUUAUGAAUGAGCUGAGAAUAAUAUUUCAUUACGGAUUGGUAACCUCUUUGGCAGAUUUAUUAAGAGAGAUUCCGGAGCAUUUGUCACUGCCAGAUGUCCGUUGUUUCCGAACAGCCCACCCAAUAAUCGCUGUAUAGGAUCAUUGAUAUAUUUGGCAUUAAUUUUUGUAGUUUUAAUUUUUUUAUUUUGUGGAACUGAUCUGAAGUGAUGGCUACCGACAAGGCACAGGAAGCCUUUGGAGCAACGGGUACCGGAAACGAUGUUCGAAAGGCGAAAAAGUACAAGAAAUGGCGGAUUCCCAAUCCGCUUGCUAUUCCAGAAGACGAUGAUUAUCAAUGUGGCAUGUUCGGAUGUAAGCCGCAGUGGUUGCAGUUAUGCAACAACAUAAAGAUAUUUCUCCUAGCUUACGUGUGUUUGGGAAUUUUUAAAGGAAUGAUGCACUCGUACUUCGGGGCUGUCCUUCCUUCGAUAGAAAAACGAUUUGGAUUUUCUUCCCAAUCAAUCGGCACAGUAAAAUCCAUGAACGAUAUUAGCCAUAUCCUUACGGCACUCAUAAUCGGUCACUUCGGCGGUGCUGGACAUCGCCCGCGCUGGAUCGCGAUGGGAUCGUUUGUCGUUGGUUUGGGAUUUCUCGUGAUGGCGGCACCAGAGAUACUCUUCCCGGUCACACAACAUUCUCUGGUUUCUGCGACGAUCCUGCGUCCGAGUGAUGAGGACAAGUACUGUGCCGUCGACAGCGGUAACGCAUCAAGUGGACGAAAUAGAACGUAUAACUGCGGAAAAGGCGAACAGCACUCGCAGUCAACCAGCGACCACAAUGGAGCCUUGAUUGUGCUGGGCGUGGCAGAGUUCCUCAUUGGAUUGGGAUCGACAACUACGAUGGUACUCGGGAUGCCGUUUGUUGACGAUAACGUUAAAGCGUCUAAUGCCCCACUUUAUUACGCCAUUUCCUUUUGUGGACACAUUUUUGGCCCUUUGUUGGGACUUGGAUUUGGUGCCAUAUUCAACAGUAUUUUCUUCAAUUUUUCAAAACCGGACUUUCGAAGCACGGAUCCGCGUUGGAUUUCUGCUUGGUAUUUGGGAUUUAUAAUAAGCGGACUUGGCACGUGCACGUUCGCUUUAAUGAUCGGGUGCUUCCCGUCAGCAAUCCCAGAGAAACAGAAGAAAGGUGAUUACUCUAAACCCGGACGAGAUCUUAAAGCAGUGAAGUCAGAAGAGCCUUCUGCGAGGCGCCGUCAGCAGACCCCGGUGACGAUUGCAGAUUUGCCAAAAAACCUGUUGCGACUGGCGAAAAACACCACGUACAUAAUCAAGCUGUGUAGUCAGUUAAUUAGUGGAUUCGUGCUUUCCGGAUUUAUGCAGUUCGCUCAAAAGUUUAUGAAGGAACAAUAUCAGUUACCACAGGCUACCGUUAACCUGCAAGGAGGCAUGCCGCCAAUUUUCGCUGGCUUUGUUGGCACAUUACUGGGCGGGUUCAUUGUUAAGCGAUUUAACCUGCAACCGCGCCAUGUCUGCUACAUGAUGGCAGCCACUGCCGUUAUUGGGUCUUCCUGUUACUUUGCGGCUCUCGCACUGGGCUGCGACCGCGCGCCAAUUAUGGGAAUCGAUGAUGUACCGAAUCCUUACAACCUAACGAACACUAACCUUUGCGCCGUCGACCAGGAAUGUAACUGCGGUGCUUUCAAAUUCGACCCAGUGUGCGAUUGGUCCACUCGGACCACUAUCGUUAAUUCUUGUGUGGCUGGGUGCAAAGCUUCCCAGAAAGCAAAUAUGACCAAGUAUUAUUUCGAAUGCUCUUGCGUCGGGAACACUAGUAAUUUCUAUGUGAAUACAACAAACCACUUGCAUAAUUCAAAAUACCGACAAGGGAAAGGUCAUCAUUUAUCGCCCGUCCGAUCGGGAGUCUGCCCGGUGAAAUGUCCGAAUUUCGUUAUUUACGUGGUUCUUAUGAGCAUCGCUAAGCUGGCUAUGGGUAUCCCGAUGGCAGGAAUGCUGGCACUGCAAUUCAGAAUUGUUGACUACGAUUUGAAGAGUUUAGCCAAUGCUGUUUCGUCGCUGUUGAUGGCGCUGUUCGGUUUUCUACCGGCUCCCAUUAUUGUGGGAAGGCUGAUCGAUUCUGCGUGCCGCCUGUGGCAGGUGGAUUCUUGUGGCAAUCGAGGAGCCUGCUGGAUAUAUAAAGCCGAUGAAUUCCGCUGGAAACUCCAUGUCGCUGUUGGAACAUGCCGCCUGAUCAACAUGAUUUUUGAUCUUAUUGUGGCCUAUCGGGUUCGGAAUAUGACCUUUGACCGCGAUAAGGACGAACUGCAAGAUUCGGAAGAUGCGGCAAAGACACAGUCGACGCUAGAACUCGUUGCCAGUAGCAUGGAUCAAGACGGGGGUCCAGAACUGGAAGAACCUAGAAUCUCGCCUUUACCAUCGUACAAAGAAACUGAAACUACCAGAACAUAGCAGAAAAGUUAAGGACGUCGUCUAUUGCUUUGUUGGUUGAACCUUCGUAUUUUUUAAGUGUGAUAAUUUGCAUCUUUCACAUUAUACAUAGAGUAUCUGUACAAUAAAUUAUUUAUUUUUCACUAUCUCGUUUUGACUUUCAAUUGUUUUAAGAAUUCGGCAGUUCUGUAGUGCGAAAACGCUUUCAGCGCAAUGUCCACUCCUUGAUACCAAUUUAGUUGUCAGAAUUUUAUUUUACAGAUUAAUAAACGAUCAUACAUCAAGGCUAACUAUGCAGUAUCCGCAAAAAAACGG